CAUAACAGGACCAGGCAUCUAGUUUAUCUCUCUUUCACAUUUGUCUUCAACAUUUUUAGUAAUUGUUUAAUGCCAGAUAAUUUAGCCACAAUGAAAAGGGGGUAGAAACAUAUCAUUUAACAUAUAAUAUGUAAAGUGUAAAUAUACAUGUACAUGUAAAGAUUGACAGACCGUUUUACCAGGGGUAGGGGAGCACAGAGAGGUGAGAGCAGACUAGCGAAGGGCACGCAGAAAAUCUCCCGAAAAUCUCUAGUGUGGCUGAUGAAAAGCGCGGGGUUCGCCAUGGGAUCGUCGAGGCGGACUUUCUUAUUCUGCUGGUUUUUGUUGAGCAACUUGCAACCAACAAGAGCGAACAAGCCGGUGUUCCAGACCCAGCUUCAGGCAGCCAUCUUUUUACGUCCAAGGCGGGCAAACGCAAUAAUGUUUGAGGAGAUAUUCCAGGGGAAUCUAGAAAGAGAGUGCAUUGAGGAGAGGUGCUCCAGAGAAGAAGCCAGGGAGUUCUUUGAGAAUGAUGCGCAAACAGAAGCCUUCUGGAAUAAAUACAUUGAUGGGGACCAGUGUGAGUCCAACCCUUGCCAAAAUGGAGGAACCUGCACAGACCGAAUAGGGAGCUAUAACUGCGCAUGCGCUGAUAUUUAUGUCGGCCACAGCUGUGAGAGAGACAGCUCUCAGUGUCCGGUCGAUGGCCCAUACGCCUGUGAACACUUCUGCCAUGUCAAUCGCAGACAUGGUUCCUACAGCUGUCGCUGUGCUCAAGGGUACAGACUACAUCCAGAUGAGAGGAGAUGCAUACCUCACGUGAAACAUCCUUGUGGAAAAAUCUCCCUUUUAACAAGCACACCAAUGCAGAGUGACAAUGAGAUCUGUCCCCAGGGCCACUGCCCUUGGCAGGUCAUUCUGGUGGACAAGAAUGGGGAGUCUGUGUGUGGUGGUGUGAUUCUGGGGCCACGUGAAGUGCUUACCACAGCAACAUGCAUGAGUUCAAACGCAAAUAUAACACACAUUCAUAUUGGGAAAAACCACUCACCAGGGUCAAAGAUCAUCAGGAUGCCACUGGAGGCUGACCCCACGACUCACAGUCGCUAUAGGCCUGGUCAGCCAGAAUAUGACCUUUGCUUCCUGCGAUUACGCUCUAGAUUACCACUAGGGGACUCUGCUGUGCCCCUCUGCCUUCCAGAGAAGGACUUCAGUGAAAACAUCCUAAUGCAAGAUGGCGAGGAGGGUGUGAUUUCACCAGGACCCGUCCGCCAUUCUUACGUCUCAUUGGACGACUGUCGCGUCCACCUGAACCUCAGCUUUACUUUGAACAAUAAGAUGUUCUGCAUGAAGGAGCGCAAUCUGGAGACAAAGCACAAAGGAAAAGGAAAAACACCUUCCAUACUGCAGUCAAGUCCGAUUACUCAAAAGAAGGGAAUAAGACCUAGGACACAACAGACUGUGUGGGGGACCGAAGAAGAUUUGUUUGAGUACUCCGAGUACAUUGUUCCGUUAUCAGAUGUUGAGUCCACCGUGACACCAACUGCACAAAACAAAAUAUACCUCACCGCUGCUGCAGUCAUAAGGAAUUCUACGCAAGAGAAGACACCAAAGCCCACAGCAGAAAGUGGUCCCAAAAAGGUCGAAAAACCAACGGACAUAGCACCUUUAUCGGAAGACGUUAAGUCCACUGUGACACCUAAUACACACAACAAAACGUACCUCACAGCUGAUGCAGUCAUAAGGAAUUCUAUGCAAGAGAAGACAACAAAGCCCACAUCAGAAAAACCCACAAAUGUUGAAAAAUCAGCUCCCACCAUAAGCAGAAGAGGUGAUUGCAGGUUCCUCUCUGGGACUCCUGUUGCUAGUGUGAAAGGAGAAACUGUCUUUGUGACAGGACUCAUGCUGUCCCACGACUGCGGUCAGGGUCUGGUGUUCACUAAGCUCUCUCGCUUCUUGCCAUGGAUAGAGUCCAUGCUUGAAAGCACCUGACCUUAAGCUUGGGUAGAAAAGAAGCUUCAUUAUUCCUUGUAUCAUUCUACAUCUAUCCCCACUGACAGUGUUCACUCUAUUGUUGAGCAUAAAAAUAAUUAUCAUAUGUAAGUAUUCUGUGUACAUGCCUACUGGUUUUGUGAAGAGCACGUUCAUUAUUAGUUGUGAUUCAUUACUUACUUCCCUUGUUAAGCUGUCUCUCCCUCAGUUUGACACAAAUCAAACUAGCAUGAAUCGGAAAUUCAACACUUUGUUUGUCAAUAUGUACAUUACAGAAUACAACAGGUUAUUGUUGACAUGUGUUUCUUUAACUAUAGCAGAAUUACGAUGCCAAAAUAUUGAUUGGAACCAAGCUGGAAAUGCUGACGUUGGAAGAGACAAUUUACACAAAUAAUUACAUCACACGCCAAGUUUGACUUGAUUUCACACUCUGCAGUUACUCAAGAGUUCUUACUUACUAGUUGUCAGGCAUCAACACUGUUCAUUUCAAAUACCUGAUUUUUGUUGCACAUGCAAGGCAUUUUGAAGGACAGGCGCAUUCACAGUAUAGUGAAAUGCAGGUCACUUGUAAUUAUACAUGUGGACAGUCAAAAAUGGGCAAAUUUGUUUUAAGCAGUAAAAAAAAAAAGCAUUGAAGAAUGAGAAUUGACUCAUGUGAACACAGCGAAAAGGCCCAAUGUGUCUGCGUGACAUAUGGAACGGAGAUGUCUUUAAAACGUAGACAAUUAAUAACCUCUGUAGGAGUUUCUCCCUGAGGUCUGAGCUAUGGCAAAUAUAUUACAUUUUUGUAGGCGUAGCAUGCAAGCAUCGGUUCCAUUUUUCGGAUGCAUUCUGUGGGUCAAUUAGUUGCUACCAAUCUGAAUUACCUGUCUAAAGAUAUUUCUUGUGAACCUUUGGAAACACCUAGAAAGGAAAUAGUAACAUGUGGACA